ACGGAGGGUGUUUUCCAACUUUAAAAGCACAGGAGCCGGCCCCUCCGACAAACCGCUCUGCGUCACAGACCUGUGGACAUUCUUUAAAACCUUCAUUGGGUCGAAGAGAGCAAAACUCACCUCAACCAGCGUCCCUUUAGCAGCCGUACCUGCGCGGCUCUCCUAACCCCCUGCUCCCGUUUCCUUUGGUGCGCAGUUCAUCGCCGUGUGGUUCAAAGUUGUACACUCGAUUUCCAACGAGUCUUUUUGCGAAAUAUGCUCCUGUUUAGUCGUUUGUCUAGAGAAUCAGUGGUGUUUUGAAUACUCUCAUUGCACAUUACAGCCUCGCAGCCGGUGAAAGUUGCGCAUCGCUUGUUGAAUGCAGGAUACCUUUUGCCUGAGCGUCACUUCCAAGUUCAGCUUUGGAGCAGCAACCGGCAAGGAGCGGGGACUCCAGUUACUUACUUCUCUCGCCGCCGAUAUGAAGUCUGCAGAAGAAGAUGCAUACAGCUACACACCAAACGUCAGCCUGUCUCUUCCUCUGGGUAUGGGCAGCCCCUGUCUGGCCACUCAGUACCAUACCUUACAGUCCAGUCCAGUCAUCUCAGUUUCCUCUUGCCACCAGACGGGAUACAGCAGUGACAAUCAUGCAGCAUCAGGUUAUUAUCUGCCGCACAGCUUGAGACCCAAUGGUGCUCCAGCCCUGGAAAGCCCCCGCAUUGAGAUCACUGCCUACAGCCAGUACCCUGAGGAUGAGGUUGAAGAGAGCAGCAGUGAGGACCACAUCGUCAAACGGGGGGUCAACUCCAUUGUCACACUGACGCUCCCCAAUGCAGAGGGGUACCGUGAUCCCAGCUGCCUCAGCCCUGCCAGCAGCAUUUCGUCACGCAGCUGCAACUCUGAGGCGUCGUCCUAUGAGUCAGGGUUCUAUAACUACGACAACUCCCCGCAGAACUCCCCCUGGCAGUCUCCCUGUGUUUCUCCCCGAGGAUCAUCCAUGCUUCUGUCAUGCCCACAUGCCAGUGGCCCCGCAGGGUCCCCUCACAAUUCACCAUCCACCUCCCCUCAAAUUGGAGCCGUGGCUGAGGAAGGCUGGCCGGCACAACCUCGUGGCUCUAGACCAAACUCCCCUUCCUACAGUGGAGGCGGUGGAGGCGGUGGAGGCAGCGGUGGCAGCAUGGGGAAGAGAAAGUACAGCUUCAACGGCACCUCCUACCAUCAAACGCCCUGCUCACCCAACCAGUCAGCGACACCCUCUCCCCAUGGCUCCCCCAGGGUCAGCGUUACGGAUGAUAACUGGCUUGCCAACACCAACCAGUACACCAACUCUGCCAUCGUGGCUGCAAUCAAUGCUCUAACCACAGAUGGGGUGGUAGACAUGGGGGAGGGAAUCCCAGUCAAGACGCGGAAGACGAUGCUGGACCACUCAGCCUCCAUGAGUCUGAAGGUGGAACCUGGAGGCGAGGAGCUUGGUCCUGAUGGAGACCUCUGCCACGAGGACUACCCCUCCCGCCUGGCCCUCAAGAAGGAGAGCUACUGUGGGGGGUUCCUGGAUGUGCCUCAGCACCCAUACUCCUGGUCUAAACCCAAGCCUUACCUCAGCCCAUCUUUGCCAGCACUUGACUGGCAGCUUCCAUCCUGCUCCGGCCCUUACAACCUACAGAUAGAAGUGCAGCCAAAGUCCCACCACAGGGCCCAUUAUGAGACUGAGGGGAGCCGAGGAGCCGUGAAGGCCUUGUCUGGAGGACACCCUGUGGUACAGCUUUAUGGCUACAUGGAAAGCGAGCCGCUCACCCUGCAGCUGUUCAUAGGGACCGCAGACGACCGCCUCCUGCGACCACAUGCCUUCUACCAGGUCCACCGCAUCACGGGCAAAACCGUCUCCACCGCCAGCCAUGAAGUCAUGCAAUCCAACACCAAAAUUCUGGAGAUCCCUCUGCUGCCUGAGAAUAACAUGAGAGCUAUAAUUGAUUGUGCGGGAAUCCUGAAGCUGCGAAAUUCAGACAUUGAGCUUCGCAAAGGGGAAACGGACAUCGGACGUAAAAACACACGUGUGAGGCUUGUGUUUCGCGUGCACAUCAACCAACCCAAUGGCAGGACCGUGUCCCUACAGGCCACUUCGAACCCCAUUGAAUGCUCCCAGCGUUCGGCUCAAGAGCUUCCCUUGGUCGAGAAGCAAAGUAUGGACAGUUGCCCUGCCACGGGAGGCAAAAUGAUACUUCUAAACGGACUCAACUUCCUGCCCGAGUCCAAGGUGGUAUUCGUGGAGAAGGCCCAGGAUGGGCAUCAUCUUUGGGAGACGGAAGCCAAAGUUGACAAGGACUCCAUCAAAUCAAACGCUCUUGUUGUGGAGAUCCCACCAUAUAGGAACCAGAGAAUAUCCAGCCCGGUGCAGGUUAACUUCUACGUCUGCAACGGCAAGAGGAAGAGGAGCCAGUCCCAGCGCUUUACCUACCUUCCUCCAAAUGUGCCGAUCAUAAAGACAGAACCCCACGAUGAAUAUGAUUCUCUGGGUACUGUGGGGCUCUCCAUGCAUUCCACUCCCUACUACAGCCAGCCAAGACUCACUCCCAUCAUGCCUGUGGCCGACCCUGAAGCCUGCCUGGUUGGGGGCUACCCUUCGUGCCCACCUCGCCAUGCUGCCAUGCCAUCGUCACCCCCCAGUUCAAGCCCCACCCUUCAUGACCUGUCUCCUGUGGCAUUCAGCAAGUGCCUCCCCAACAGCCCCACCCACGCAGCAGCACCACCGGGACCCAUGGUAGCACCCCCUUUUCAGGACAACCCUGGCCACCCUAAUCUCGCCCACCCAUCUUCGCCAGAUAACAACUCUUCUCUAGGGUUGCUCCACUCCCAGGGUAGCCCCAACCACCUCAACAGCCCAGGACGCCAUAACUACCACCCUAUCUAUUCCAACAGCAGCCCCUCAUCUUCCCCAGCGUCCCACCCUUCCACUCCAGUUGGGCCUGCGGAGAGCCCAUUCGUUCAGGCCUACAGCCCCACUCAGGCACAGGCGGCAGUUGGCUCAGCCCAAGCUGGAGGGAGGUCACCAAGCUUGCUACCUGAGGAUGCCAGCCCACCUUCGAUGGCCAUCACCGUCAAGCAGGAGCCCCAGGAACUGGACCAGAUGUACCUAGAUGACGUUAAUGAGAUCAUCAGGAACGACCUCUCCAGCAUCUCGGUGCACACUCACGCAUAGACCAUUUGAGUCUCCUGCAGCAGCAGCAGCAGCACAUACACGUCCAAAAGCAGCAUCAACAAACGAGGACAAAAACAGCCAGAGAUCCAGAUUAUAAAGAAUGAAAGUUUGACCAGGAUCUCCCACCUAACUAUCGAUGCCACCCGCUCCUCGUCAGUCUCAGACUCUCUGCAGGCUCACAUUGACAAUCACUGGCAAGCUCCAUUUGAAUAAACAGGUGAAUGUUAUAUUUACAGAAACGAAAAAAGGGAAGUGAUAUAUCAGGGGCAAAGUAUACGAUUACACUUGCCUUAAUUCGCAGCUGAUGUUUAGUGGACCAAACAACUCAUAGAGACUGAGUUAUUUUCUGUCGUUAACAAAUGACAAUCUUCAUUUCGAGUGUGAUCUGUACGUUAAUGCAUGGACAAGCUAAUGGGACAAUAAGUGUCAAGCUUCAUCACUUCGGUUCAUUUGUCUGCACAGUCAGUCCGCAUCAACCAACUCGGUGCCUUACAGCAGUGCUAUUGACAGCAAGCAGCAGCAGCAGUCAGGCAAAUGCAAACGGUUCAGUGUAAAAACCCGACUGAAGUUUUCUAUGACAUUUUUUUGUAUUAUUUCAAUUAUUUGUUUACAGGGAAACAAAAAGGCUGGAACAUCUAUAGGAAGCAUGUCAACUGAUUCGAAUUUUGUUUUGCCUGCUUCCUUAUUAUCUUUGUUCAUUUAUACGGAAUUUUAUGUAUGAUAUUCUUUUGUAUAAACAUGUAUUUGAAAAUAUGUAUGCCUUAUGCUCAUAUCAUGCAGUUUGUUAUCCCCCCGCCCCUUCCCCUGUCUUUCCCUCAUAUGAUUUUGUAGCAUUUCUGCUACCCUUCACCUUUACUUUUUCACCUUAGUGCCUAUUUCCUUAUCAUCCUUUCCUGGUCUUCCAGUUUUCCACCCAGAUCAUGACAUAAUGAUGCAAGGACAAUCAGAGGAUUUUUUUUUAAAGUACAUAUCCUAUCAAAAUUCCUGGUUUACAGGAGCGUAAUAAGGCAGGUAUCAGUUUUAUUCUUUCCCAGCUGAGAGAUUGUUGAACAAAGGUAAAUGUACCUGCUGGAUUUAAAGGGGAAUACUUUUAUAGAUUUGUCUGUUACUUGUUGCUCUGCAGGUUUGCAUGUAAAUAGGCACAGGGAUAAUCUAUACCACGGGCUCAGUUUUCCUUAUCAUCUGGGUGAUUUCACUGGGGAGCUGACAGGACUGUUACUUACAGCUGGCAAUAAUUGAUCUGAGUAGACCAAAGGAUUUUAUCUUUGGUGAAAUUAUUGUCAAAGUUUCUUUUUUUUUCUGUGACUGAGACUUUAGCAUAGGAUGGUUCCAUCAUACGAAAAAAAAGACAUGCACUUUACCAUAAACACAGAGCUGAUUUUCUUGCCUCCAGACCAAAUAUUGUAGACUGAUUUCCACUGUAGUGUCAUAAACGCGCUUCUGUCAACUCUUCACAUAAACACAGUCUUUUCCAUGUCGUCUGUCUUUUGGAGCAUGCACACUGUACUGAUGUUGGGGAUCAUUUAGCUGAUAGUAGCUUCCAGGAUAGCUUUCCUAAUACAUUUUUCAACAUAUAUUAUAAUAGCAUGACUAAACUCUAUCAAUAAGGUUUGUAUUUUGUGCCUUACUACCUUUCUUGGCUACAAAAUUGUUGCAACUCUCUAAUGCUUUUCUGUGUAGGCACAAGGUGAAAUAUAUUUCUCUUUAAUAUUAAAUAUUUAUGAAAAAUAAUGAAAUGUGUUUUAAGUGCAUUUAAUGUGUUCUCAAAAAUGACCUAAUAAAUGGCAUAUUGGUGACCAUAAGUAACAAAUGUCCCAGUGUUAUAUUUGUAAGUGAGUAAGUUGAUUGUUGAAAAAAAAAGUUAACAAAUAUUUGAUAA